UGCCUGAGCAAGCUAUCAUGGGACCAGUGACGUUUGCCUGGUUUGUUAGUUUGUGUUGUUUUCUUUCCUUUACCCCUCAUUCCAUCCACUCUGCAUCGACUCAACGCAUUAACAACGCAGCAACGCACAUGCUAUAAAACCCGCUUCGUAUCUCCUGCCCGAUUCCGACCUCACUUACAGCUACCUACACUUCAAAUCAGUCUGCUGCAAUACAAUACCAGUACUCAACACCAUGGCCCUCCCUUCUAACGUCCACGUCUCCUCCCACCCCCUCCUGCAAGCCAAGCUCUCGCAGCUCCGCUCCUCCUCCACCUCCACCCGCCAGACCCGCGAUUUGGUCCACGAGAUCGCCACGAUUCUGGGCGUGGAAGCCUUUGCAUCGGGGUGGAAGACGAAGCAAGAUGGGACUGACAAAACGCCACUAGGCAUCGAAUACCCCACCACAACCCUCGACCCCUCCAACAUCGCCUUGGUCCCUAUCCUACGGUCCGGACUAGGCAUGACAGACGCAAUCAACUCCCUCCUCCCAACCUCCAUCCCAAUCUACCACCUCGGCCUCUUCCGCGAGCGCCUCACGCUGCAACCAGUCGAAUACUACAACAACCUCCCGUUCCACCGCGACACGGACACCAACACGGCGGCGGCGGAUACCGCCAUCCUGCUGGACCCGAUCAUCGCGACGGGCGCCACGGCCGAGGCGGCCAUCCAGCUGCUGCGCGAGUGGGGCGUCAAGCGCGUCGUGAUGCUGAGCGUGCUGGGGUCCGAGGCGGGGAUCCGGCGCGCGGCGGGCACGUGGGCCGAGGGCGUGGAGGUGUGGACGGGGGCGGUGGAUGAGCGGUGCGAUGAGCGCGGGAUGAUUGUGCCUGGGCUAGGGGAUAUUGGAGAUCGGUUGUUUGUUGCUAUUGGGAAGUAAUCCGGUAGAGGGGGAAGAUAAGCGGAGGGUAUCAAUUGGUAUCUGUAUUUUCAGUUGUGAUCUGUGUAAAGGGAACAGCUAUUAUGAGUAUCACCAGGGCUUAAACACACCAGAUAGCAGGAAGCAAGCAGCAGGCACCAGUUAGAAGAACAAAG